AUGCGGUUCAAUUUAUUCAAAAGUAAUAAGAAAUCUCACGCAAAACAAGACGAUCUUCCAGGAUCUUCAUCAUCUUCCAUUCGAGAGGGCCCAUCCAGGAGGGGAGCCAAAGUGGCGGAUACGGCCAACGUGUUCCUCGACUUUAUGGCAAAUAUAGCAGAGGCAUCUGAUAUACUAAGUCCUCUCAAAGCUGCUUGUCGAGCGACCAAAACGGUCCUCGACACCGUUCAGGGUAUAAAGAGUAACCAAGAAGCUUGGCUAGAUCUCAUCCAACGUAUUAAAGACUAUCUAUCGGCUCUCGAGCAGCAAAUCACCUUGUUUGAACGCAAUCCUCCAGAGGACAUUGACGGGCCAUUCGACAAGGCAUUUAGCCAGCCACUCAUUCGUUACGUCCAACUCCUCGAGGAUCUCCAUGACAAGAUUGUUGAUUCGAGGGAAAAACAGAGUGGCAAAGUCGUCGGGGGACUUGCAGCAAUUGGUACAAUCAAGAUUGACGCUGGGGAUAUCCAAAAGUACAGCCAAGAGCUCGAGGACCGCCAUAGGCAGUUUAUGGAUGCACUGAAUGUAUAUACUGCACUCGGUGUUCGAGAUAUCAAACGCAAGGUGGAUACCAUCUUGACAGAAGCCGACUCCGCUGCCAUACUCCAACUGCCAAUGGUCGUCUCCGUUGCAUCAUCAGUCCACAAUACCUGUCUUAAAGGAACACGCGAAGCCGUUCUCGAGACAAUCUCACAGUGGGCCGACGACGAUUCGUCGAGGAAGCCAAUCUUCUGGCUCUGCGAUAUAGCAGGCUCUGGCAAGUCGACAGUAGCCAUGUCCGCAGUGGAAGCAUGGAGGAAGCAGGGAAUCUUGGGUGGCCGAUUCUUCUUCUCCAUGACAAGCAACGAAGGAUCAAAUACCGACAAGUUUUGCUCCACCAUUGCGAGGGAACUUGUUCAGCACAUCCCCGAGCUUGGGCCGCCGAUCGCGGAGGCCGUGAAGCGAAAUCCUGCUCUCCUGCGAAGUUCUUUUGACGAGCAGUUCCGGAUGCUCAUCACCGGGCCCCUUCAGCAUCGGAAACGACACACCAUCCUUGUUAUCGACGCAAUAGAUGAAUGCAAGUCGGGUCCACAGAGAAGAGAACUGGUCGAGACUCUCUCUACUACCGCACAGGAGAACAGCAACCUCCGGAUAUUUAUAACAAGUCGCCCGGACCCGGUCAUUGAAAAGGUUUUGGAGCCGCUCUCGAUAAAAGCCAAAUUGACAGAUCGUCUCCACGACACCAACCAUCGCGAUAAUACCGAUGACAUCGCGGCCUACAUUCACAAAUCUCUGGAUGGAGUACUAUCUUUCGCAAAGAGGCAGCAGUUGGUCAAAAAAGCCAACGGGCUGUUCAUUUGGGCGAGCACUGCAUGUCGGAUGUUCGAUGCAGAGUCUUCUGCACUCGAUCCCGAGAGUACAUACGAUGGCUUAAUUUCCAUUGACCAGCCUGGGGCCAUUGACGGUGUAUAUAACCUCAUAUUUGAGCGCAUCGACCAAGCAUCCAAGGCUGUGAUUGGUGAAAUGCUCGGGAUGCUGCUCGCUGCAUUUGAGCCACUCACCAUCGGCGAUCUGGAGGACCUUGUUAAGCAUACGAAAGUGCGCGGGAAUGUCAAGGCAAUGCAAAUGAUUUUAGGAAGCAUACUCAAGGUGGAUCCAACGACAAACUCGAUCCAGUUCCGCCAUCCUACUAUCGUCGAGUACCUUCGGCGCUGCUGCAUUGCCCCCACUACCAAUACCCGCGAUAGGAUCCAUAUCAAAAUUGAUCAUGCGCACGGUCAAGUUGCUUCCUGGUGUCUCCAUCGUCUUAACUCGCCCGCCGAAGGUCUCAAGUUCAACAUAUGCCAGAUCGAGUCGUCCUUUUAUCUGAAUAGGCAGAUUCCAGACCUCGAGGCGCGAGUAGCAAGCUUCAUUUCACGAGGGCUUCGCUAUGCCAGUUUGCACUGGCCGUUCCAUGUGUCAGCGAUGGAUGAUAGCUCAGGACACAAGCUACAGAGCGAAUUGGCACAUAUAGUCACAAGUCCCUUUGCACUCUACUGGAUGGAGAUAUUGAGUGUGACGGGAGGAGUAAUGCGAGCAAUAUCUGGACUUCGAGCUGCUGCACAACGUCAGAGCAUUGAAGAGGAGACCAGGAUUCGGAUGAAUGACAUCAGGAGGUUUUUUAUGGCAUUUUCCGUGCCGAUACAAGAGAGCACUCCUCAUAUAUACAUCUCAUCACUGCCAUUCAGCCCGAGAAGGUCAACGCUACAUACUGAGGGUCUAGCAGAGCAUAGGAAUGCAUUGAGAGUGACCAGGGGUCUUGACGAGACAUAUCCUGGGCUUCCCAGAAUACUCCAAGGGCAUCAAAAAGCAAUCAACGCUGUUGCACUCUCACCAAAUGGCUCUCGAAUCGCCUCCGGCUCCAAUGACGAGAAAAUUCGACUGUGGGAUGCAGAGACUGGCCAGCCGUUGGGAGAGCCACUCCGAGGUCAUCAAGGCUCGGUCACCGCUGUCGCAUUCUCGCCAGAUGGCUCGCGAAUUGUCUCUGGCUCUUAUGACGAGACAAUUCGACAGUGGGAUGCAGAGACUGGCCAGUCGUUGGGAGAGCCACUCCGAGGUCAUCAAGGCUCGGUCACCGCUGUCGCAUUCUCGCCAGAUGGCUCGCGAAUUGUCUCUGGUUCAUUUGAUAGGACAAUUCGACUGUGGGAUGCAGAGACUGGCCAACCGUUGGGAGAGCCACUCCGAGGUCAUCAAGACGAGGUCACCGCUGUCGCAUUCUCGCCAGAUGGCUCGCGAAUUGUCUCUGGUUCAUUUGAUAGGACAAUUCGACUGUGGGAUGCAGAGACUGGCCAACCGUUGGGAGAGCCACUCCGAGGUUAUCAAGGCUGGGUCUGGGCUGUCGCAUUCUCGCCAGAUGGCUCGCGAAUUGUCUCUGGCUCAGAUGACAUGACAAUCCGACUGUGGGAUGCAGAGACUGGCCAGCCGUUGGGAGAGCCACUCCGAGGUCAUCAAAACUCGGUCACCGCUGUCGCAUUCUCGCCAGAUGGCUCGCGAAUUGUCUCUGGCUCAUUUGACAGGACAAUCCGACUGUGGGAUGCAGAGACUGGCCAGCCGUUGGGAGAGCCACUCCGAGGUCAUCAAAACUCGGUCACCGCUGUCGCAUUCUCGCCAGAUGGCUCGCGAAUUGUCUCUGGCUCACAUGACAAGACACUUCGACUGUGGGAUGCAGAGACUGGCCAGCCGUUGGGAGAGCCACUCCGAGGUCAUCGACUUGGGGUCUUGGCCGUCGCAUUCUCGCCAGAUGGCUCGCGAAUUGUCUCUGGCUCACAUGACAAGACACUUCGACUGUGGGAUGCAGAGACUGGCCAGCCGUUUGGAGAGCCACUCCGAGGUCAUCAAGGCUCGGUCACCGCUGUCGCAUUCUCGCCAGAUGGCUCGCGAAUUGUCUCCGGCUCACAUGACAAGGCACUUCGACUGUGGGAUGCAGAGACUGGCCAGUCGUUGAGAGAGCCACUCCGAGGUCACCAAUACUCGGUCACCGCUGUCGCAUUCUCGCCAGAUGGCUCGCGAAUUGUCUCUGGCUCAGAUGACAUGACAAUCCGACUGUGGGAUGCAGAGACUGGCCAGCCGUUGGGAGAGCCACUCCGAGGUCAUCGAAACGAGGUCACCGCUGUCGCAUUCUCUCCAGAUGGCUCGCGAAUUGUCUCUGGCUCAUUUGACAAGACAAUUCGACUGUGGGAUGCAGAGACUGGCCAGCCGUUGGGAGUAUCAGUCCAAGGUCAUCCAGACUCGAUCAGCACUGGUAGUUUCUCACCAGAUCGCCUGCUAGUUGUCUCUCCUUCAGAUAAUAACACAAUCCAAAUCCGGAGGGUGCACAAUUCUAAUCUCGACACUGCAAAUACUCACUCUGCCUCUUCGGGCCAUGGCAAUUCUACUUUAGUCAAAUCCACAAUUUUUGUACCUGGGGUCGGUGAAUGUUUUCUGCUGCCCGACGGCUGGGUACAGUCUUCUGGUCGAUUCAUUUUCUGGGUACCACCUCCCAAUCGUCAUGGAGUCAAGAAUCCAAACCUUCUCCUGACUAUGCCCACAUCGAGUUACCUACGUGCGACCCACCUCGAUUUCACUCAUUUUCAAUGCGGGACAUCUUGGACAAAAGUGCGAACAAAUUCGUAG